GUCAUUUAUUCUUUAAUAAAAAUGAGAUUGUUCAACUGUGUGCUUUUUAAGAUAUAGAAGCUUAUUAAAACGCGCUCUUGAAUUGAACGAAUAAACAUAAACCUCAGAUUAUUAUUAUCAGUCUGCGCAGAUUUGUUGUACUGGCUUGUAUAUUUCCUUCACGAAUUUGCAAUUCCACUUUAAUCAUUUGAGUUGUGUUUCGAUUGAUCGUCGCAUCAUAUAGAGUUCAUCAGGUGGGAAGAAUAAAAAAACAAUAAACGGAAGAAGCUUAAGUUUAAUUAGACGUCAAGAACAUUAGAACAGUUAAGAAACCAUGUUUGUUACUAUAUUAGUAUUAUCUAUAUUUAUUUUAUUGAUAUAUAAUUAUUACGUGCAUUAUGGGAGAAACGGACGACUCCUUAAUCUUAUACCAGGACCAUUGGGACUUCCGAUUGUUGGCAAUUUGUUUCAAUACUAUGUGUCAGCAGAGGAGCAGUGGAAAAUCUUUUGUACAUUACCUAAUGAAUAUUAUCCCAUUUUUAAAAUUUGGGGUUUCUUCACAUUUAUUGUAUGUAUCCGCCAUCCAGAUGAUUUGGAGACAAUACUAAGCAAUAUUAAGCACAUCGAGAAAGGUCGUUUGUAUAACGUAUUACAUCCUUGGUUAAACACAGGUCUUCUCACUAGCACAGGAGUUAAAUGGCAAACGCGGCGAAAGAUAUUAACACCUACGCUCCAUUUUAAUAUAUUAAAUCAAUUUGUUGAUAUCUUGAUCAAAGAGGGCGAGUGCAUGACAAAAUCUUUGAAUGGUGUCGAAGGGACAGUUGUAAAGGAUUUAUUAUCAUUUGUUAGUGAGCACACGCUAAACGCAAUAUGCGAAACUAUCAUGGGUGUUUCUCUACAAACAUUGGGUGAAAUCCAGCAACAGUAUCGAAAUGCGAUUCAUGACAUAAUCGAACUAAUAGUUUAUAGAGGAUUAAGGCCUUGGUUGUACAACGAUUUAUUAUUCUCAUUGUCACCACAAGCAAGAAAACAAAAGAAAAUCUUGAAAAUAUUGCAUGGAUCAACGGAAACAAUCAUCACGGAAAGAAAACUUUAUCACGAACGCACUAAUGAUCGAUACUUAAAAAACCUUGAAGGUAACAAAGAGAUAGAAGAAAUGGUUGGAAUUAAAAAGAAACGGCUAGCCAUGCUAGACCUUUUAAUAGCGGCAUCUCGAGAAAAUUCUUUAACUGAUUUGGACAUCAGAGAAGAAGUCGACACUUUUAUGUUCGGAGGUCAUGAUACUACAGCGGCGAGUAUAAUGUUUACUUUAUUAUUGUUAGCUGAGCACAAAGAUAUACAGGAACGUGUGAGGAUUGAAGUUGAUAAUGUGAUGCAAGAGAACGAAGGAAAACUUAACAUGAGUUUAUUGCAAAAUUUAUCAUAUUUAGAAAGAUGUAUAAAAGAAGCGCUACGUUUAUAUCCUAGCGGGUUUUUAAUAUCACGAAGCCCUGGGGAAGAUGUAAAAUUACAAUCAUAUGUCGUCCCCGCUGGAACGAUCUUAUAUCUGAAUAUAUACGGAGUUCACAGAGAUCCCAAUUUUUGGCCAAAUCCAGAAGUAUUUGAUCCGGAUAGAUUCUUACCCGAAAGGAUAAAAAAUCGUCAUCCUUAUUCUUAUAUACCAUUCAGCGCAGGACCGAGAAAUUGCAUAGGUCAGCGAUUCGGUCUCCUGAAAAUGAAAGCUCUAAUAGCUCCUUUGGUGCAUAAUUUUUACUUGGAACCUAUUGAUUAUUUAAAAGAUAUUCGAUUAAAAUUUGAUAUGUUAAUUCGUGCUUCUCAUCCGGUUCAUUUAAGAUUCCUCCCGAUCAAACAACCGUUUAAAACUAAUGCGGAUACUGCAAGAAGUGAUGUACUAUAACAAGGUGAUGCAUUGCAAAAAUCGAAGACAAUUGUUAUGCAUUAUUAUAUGUUCAACGUAUAUUUGUGUGUGAAGAAAAUAUAUUUGUAAACAUUAUAUUAUUCAUGAAAAUAUUCACAUAAAAUAACCUUAUAAGUCUGUAUAUCUAAAUAUAUUAUGUAAGAAUCUUCUAUCAUUAUUUGCAAUCGCAAUAAAAAUGUAUAUCUAUAAA